UCUGUCUCCACCACCCAUCAUGUAGAAUCAAUGUAAUCAGUGAGUUUGCAAGACAAAAUAUCACGAGAUGUUUGAUCGGUAUAGGAGCUGAAACUAAGUAGAAUAAGCCAACGUUCGAUGUACGUAGUAUAGUACUUACGUGUGUACUAUACACAGGGCGCGUCGGCUGCUAGCGUUUCGCAUCAUCACAAUCAGACGUUUGCGGCGCUCUUGCUCCCUUUUCAAUCCCAUUGUCCCUUGCGUGAGGCUAUUUGCGAUAAGGCCUAUUGAGAUAGAGAGGAGGCCGGAGGAUCAAGGAGUCGAUCGUUUUCGCUUGACUUGUAUUUAAAUUUUAAAAUGUUUGAGUUACACAAAAAUAAGAAUGUUAUUGUCUUUUCAUGGCAUGGGAACAUAUGGUUUACGUGUGAAGUCAGCAUGGCAGUAUCGCAUGUGUCAGCUGUGAGGACGCUAUAUAGACAGAUUCUCCUGCUGCAUCGACGUCUUCCCCUAGAGAUGAAGGCUCUGGGAGAUGAAUAUGUGAAAGCAGAAUUCAGAAGGCACAAGAAUGUUAAAUCAGAAGAGGUCCAGAACUUCAUGAACGAAUGGCAGGGGUAUGCAGCAAUGUUAUCGGCUCAAACAGAAGGUGUGAAAUCUGAGGGUGAGGUCAAACGGGUUGGUUUGCACCUUGAUGGAAACCAAUUAGAAGACCUGAACGACAUCCAGGUCGGACAGCUCUAUGAACUCUAUCAAGAAACUAAAAAACCUUCCCAGUUUAUGCAGAAAGAAGACUCAUGACAGUACAAUGAUGUUUCUUCCUAGGAACAUGAAUUUCUGUUUUUUUGCAACUGUCCAGGCGAGACUGUAUUGGAAUCAGUGGAUGAUUCUGCAUAGAGACUUGAAGAUUUUACAGAAUGGUAUUCUUGCAAAUAAAGGAGUUUACAAGCAGGAAAGGACAUGAUUUAAUGGAUGACUAUGCAAAGUGACAUGAAGAACUGCAUCUUUGAAUAUAUCACAUCCAGGUGGACAUUCCUCAGGGCAUAGGAUUCUGAUAAAGAUUAAGAACAUUGUGACUUGUGUACAUCGUUUUCACAUGCCGUAUGUUUGCAGCAUUUUAAUUGAAAUUUUCACACCAUUUUGAAGGAAGUUCACUGUCGUUUUUUUUUUUUUAAUCAUUAUUGUUUUUACCCAAAUUUAACUUGUUGUCAGAGUUUGAUUGCCCUCUAAAAUAUAAUUCAACUAGAUGUACUUUUACUACCAAUCUACCAUGCCAGUUUGAAAUAGGAACUUGUAUCGCACUAUUAUAAGCCACAUAAUAUUCAGCUUGAAUUCUCAUCUCAAAAUGAAAAGACAUUAAGCUGGAAAUCUUUUAUUUUUUCCAACUAACAACAACUAACAACUAACAAUUUCAUGCUUCCACCCACUGAAGGUGGUGCCAGAGGCUUAAUGUUUUGUGUUUGUCAGCCCGUAUGUCUAUCCGCUUUCUCAUUACCGCAAUAUGUCAUAAAUCACUCAAGUUAUGAACUACAAACUUGGUGAUAGUAUGUAUCACCAUAGGAAGACGAUCUGAUUAGACUUUGGAGUUAGUAGGUCAAAGAUCAUAGAGGUCAAUUUCUGAAAUUAUAGGUUUUAGCCUCAAUGCGAUUUUUCAAGUACCACUUGAGGUAUGAACUUCAAAUUUGGGUUGAGUACAUGUAUGUAUCACCAUAGGGAGACAGUCCGAUCAGAUUUUUGGGUAAAAGGGUAAAAGAUAAAAUGUCAUAGAGGUCAAUUUUUGAAAUUACAGGGUGAAAUAUAAUUUAUCUUUAUAUCGUGACUCGUCAAGAACUGCUCCAGGUAUGAACUUCAACUUGGUGCAAAUAUGUAUCGCCAAAUGAAAACGAUCUGUUCAGAUUUUUGGGAAGAUUUAAAAAGAUGAAAUAUCAAAGGUAAUAGAGGUGAAUUUCAAUGAAAUCUCAGGGUUUUAGCCCUUUUAUUGCAAUGUCUCAUGGACAAUUUGAGCCAUGAACUUAGUGUACAUCACCAUAGUGAGACAAAUAUACACUGGAUUAGACAGGCCUGAUAAAUUCUUAAUUUGAAAAAAAAAAAAAAUCCUGAUUUUUUAAAUAUAUUUUUUAGUGCUCACUAGUCCCCAUCACCCCUGAUUAGAUUUUGAGUUAAAGAAGGUCAAAGGUCAACAAGUCUAUAACAUAGAUUGAAAGGUUUUUAACCUUGUUAUGGCCAAAUCAAUUUUUUUACCCUUGAACUUAGAAUCUGUAACUAGUAUGUGUCACUGUAGGGAGACAAGUCGUCACAAUUAGGGAUCGUCUGUCAAAAUUUGUAACAUUGUUAUAUACCAAGAAUAAUUAAAGUCGUGAAGUAAACUGAGGCAAAGGCAUAUUGGAGAUGCAGUUACAUAAUGAUACUAGUAUGUUGUGGUGAAAGAUUGUGUAAACUAGUCACCCGCACAUGCAGGAUUGGUUUUGGUUGAUAAUACUCUUUAUCUUGUAGUCUCCAAAAUCAUAUAUAAUUUUUCAUCUAUACCAAAUUGAGUGAAUUAUUAUGGAUGAAUGAGAAGGGCUUACCCCAGUUCACA